GCAUAAAAAGCCUACAUUUCUACAAUAAAAACAACACACAUAUAUACAUUAGGGAUUAUUAGUUUGGUGGACAAACACUUCUGAAAUUAAAAUUUGCACCGGUGACAUUGUUCCGCCAAAUAAUAAUCGUUCUCGAUUUUUUAAAAAAUAACGACAGGAUGACGCAGUUUGGCACGACGAAGAAAUGCACCGCCUGCGAUAAAACCGUGUAUCCUGUGGAGAUGAUGUCCGCCGAUGGAGUUCCUUAUCAUAAUACCUGCUUCAGGUGCAGCCACUGCAAUGGCCGUCUCACGAUGAGCAGCUACUCUGCUGUGGAUGGAAAACUGUACUGCAAGCCUCACUUUGAACAACUUUUCAAGGAAACAGGCAGCUUCACUACCAAGAAAUUCCAAUCAUCUGGGAAGCACGGAGAACUGAAUAGGACUCCUAGUAAAGUCUCCAGCCUUUUCUCUGGCACCCAAGAGAAAUGUCAAGUCUGCAAGAAGACAGUUUACCCUCUGGAGAAGGUGACGGUGGAGGGCGAAUUCUACCAUAAGUCAUGCUUCAGGUGUGCUCAUGGAGGUUGCAAUCUGACAACCUCAUCAUACGCGGCGCUGGACGGCAUUCUCUACUGCAAGCCCCACUUUGCGCAGCUCUUCAAGGAGAAGGGCAGCUACACUCAUCUCACCAAGGCUGCAUCCCUCAAGAGAAACGCGUUGGCUCAAGAAGCAGGCCUGGUCGGACCCGAUGAUCAGCCUCCGCCGCCUGAAAACCCCGUCGAGCUUGAACAGGACGUGUAAAUACUUUAAAGUUUUUGCUUUUUUGUUGUUAUUGUUAUUGUUGUUGUUGUUGUAAUUCUACUGGACGUUGGAUCAUUGAAUGUUCAUUUGUUUCCUUUUAUUUUCUGCAUUCUGUAACAGAGUUGCCGAGCUUGAUUUUGUGUUUAUUGGAAUAAUAAUCGGCGAGUUGUAUUUUAUUUGAA